AAAUGAUCUCCUCAACCUUGCUCAGUCUCGCCUCUCUUGCGAGCGCCGCUUUCGCCGCGACUGACUGUAUUGGCAUCAAUGCUAUCGCGCCUGGAUGUGUCUCACAAGAAGCAUUGCAUUCUCGUGACUUUUUCUAUAUUGGAGGACGUUACGUAGCUGGCGCUGCCGGCAAUCUCACCUACGACCAGCUCUAUGUCGAGAAAUUGACACCUGCUGCGGGUGUUAAGCAGAGCAAACCAGUUGUUCUCUUCCAUGGCGGUGGCACAUCUGGAGUGGGCUUCGCAUCCCAUUUUCUGGACUAUGGCUACCAGGUCUAUAUCGUUGAUCAGACCAGCGUUGGUAGAGGUAGCGUAGAGGAUCUCAAUGACUAUGUCAUGCGCAUUGGUUCUACCGCUGAGAUCACGGAGAAGGGGUUCACUGCUCCUGAACUUACCAAUGCCUACCCGCAAUCUCAGCAACACACUCAGUGGCCCGGCUCAGGAGUCAAGGGUGAUCCUGUCUUCGACGCUUUCGAGUCAACAUUCAUCCCACUGACCAGUAAUAUGACUGUCCAAGAACUCUCUAUGAGAUCUUCAGGUUGUCAAUUACUUUCUCUCAUCGGACCUUCCUUCUUGAUCUCUCACUCGAUCGGGGCUUUACAUCCUUUGCUUCUAUCCAACGAUUGCCCAUCCUUGGUUGCUGGCAACGUCAAUCUGGAGCCUGGAAACAUUCCUUUCCAAUCAUACGUCGGAAAUGCUACAUCCUCUGUUGGCCGUACCUCUGCUCGUCCCUGGGGCAUGACGAAUACCCAUGUGACUUACGAUCCUGCCAUUAGUAACUCUUCCGAGCUUACUUACGAGCUUGUUGGAGACGACACACCUGCCAAACGCAGCUGUUACAUGCAAACCGGAACAAUCCACAAGCUUACUGAAAUCGCAAAAGUCAAGUACGUCGCUCUUACUGGCAGUGCUAGUCCUCAUAUCACAUACGAGCAUUGUGUCAUCGACUUCCUGCAACAAGCUGGUGUUGCCGCUGAAUGGAUCAAGCUUGCUGAUAGGGGUAUUACUGGUAACGGUCACUUUAGCUAUCUCGAAAAGAAUAGCCCUCAGAUUGCGGGUGUUGUUCAUGAGUGGAUUCAGACAAACUGU